UCAGCUCCUCUCGGCGCGGCGCAUCUCGGCCCGCCUCAGCCCUCCCGGCCUUUCGUAGUCUGGCCCCGGCCGACCGCCUCUGUUGCCGCAAUGAUGAUGAUGGCGCUAAGCAAGACCUUCGGGCAGAAGCCCGUCAAGUUCCAGCUGGAGGACGAUGGCGAAUUCUACAUGAUAGGAUCUGAGGUGGGGAACUACCUUCGUAUGUUCCGAGGUUCUCUGUACAAGAGGUACCCCUCACUGUGGAGGCGGCUAGCCACUGUGGAAGAAAGGAAGAAAAUAGUUGCAUCGUCACAUGGUAAAAAAACAAAACCUAACACUAAGGAUCAUGGCUACACGACGCUGGCCACUAGCGUGACCCUCCUGAAGGCCUCAGAGGUAGAAGAGAUCCUGGAUGGCAAUGACGAGAAGUACAAGGCUGUCUCCAUUAGCACAGAGCCUCCCACCUACCUCAGGGAACAGAAAGCCAAGAGGAACAGCCAGUGGGUGCCCACCCUGCCCAAUAGCUCCCACCACCUGGACGCUGUGCCCUGUUCCACCACCAUCAACAGGAACCGCAUGGGCCGAGACAAGAAGAGGACCUUCCCUCUCUGCUUUGAUGACCACGACCCUGCCGUCAUCCACGAGAAUGCCUCCCAGCCUGAGGUGCUGGUGCCCAUCCGACUGGACAUGGAGAUUGAUGGGCAGAAGUUGCGGGACGCCUUCACCUGGAACAUGAAUGAGAAGCUGAUGACGCCUGAGAUGUUCUCGGAAAUUCUCUGUGAUGACCUGGACUUGAACCCAUUGACGUUUGUACCAGCCAUCGCCUCAGCCAUCCGGCAGCAGAUCGAGUCCUACCCCACAGACAGCAUCCUGGAGGAUCAAUCUGACCAGCGGGUCAUCAUUAAGCUGAACAUCCACGUGGGCAACAUUUCUCUGGUGGACCAGUUUGAGUGGGAUAUGUCGGAGAGGGAGAACUCGCCUGAAAAGUUUGCCUUGAAGCUGUGCUCAGAGCUGGGCCUGGGCGGGGAGUUCGUGACAACCAUUGCCUACAGCAUCCGAGGGCAGCUGAGCUGGCACCAGAAGACCUAUGCCUUCAGCGAGAACCCCUUGCCAACGGUGGAGAUAGCCAUCCGUAACACGGGCGACGCCGACCAGUGGUGCCCCCUGCUGGAGACCCUGACGGACGCCGAGAUGGAGAAGAAGAUCCGUGACCAGGACAGAAACACCAGACGGAUGCGACGUCUCGCCAACACCGCCCCAGCCUGGUAGCUGCAGCAC